AAAAAUGCAAGUCAAAACAGCAAUAUUGGAAAACGAAUUUUUGGGCAAUCUCGAAGAAAAGCAGAUUGAAGCUCUUGUCUCUGCAAUGUACCCUAAGCAAAUAGCAUCAAAUACUUUAGUUAUAUGUGAAGGCGACAUUGGUUCACAUCUAUAUGUUUCUGCUGAAGGUGAAUUUGAUUUAUACGAGGGGAAUAAGUUUCAAAGAAGUUUUGGUCCUGGAGUUGCUUUUGGAGAAUUAGCACUUUUGUAUAAUACAAAAAGACUACGAUCUAUUAGUGUGAAGAAAAAUGGCAAAGUAUGGGUUCUGGACAGAUCUGUGUUUUUGUCUGUGAUGAUGAGAAGCGCACAAGAGCAAUUGGAAGGAAAUAUACGAUUUCUGAGACAAGUUUCAGUUUUGCAGAAACUCCCAGAACCAAAAGAACAAAUUCUAUCAAAAAUAUCUGACCUACUGCGAAUUGAAUUCUUUCCUGCUGAAGCCCGAAUUGUUCGUCAGGGAGAAAGAGGUGAUAAAUUUUAUAUUAUAAGUGGAGGAAAUGUUAGGAUAACGAAAGAUACUGACUACGGUGGAGAAGAGGAACUCGUGGUUCUUGGGAAAGGUCAAUAUUUUGGUGAAAAAGCUUUAUAUGAUGACGAAGGUGAUAAUCGAAGACAUGCAAAUGCUAUUGCUCUUGUUCCAGUUGAGUGUCUCACUCUAGACAGAACAUCAUUCUUCAAUUAUUUAGGAAGUCUUGAUGAAAUAAAAAAUAAAGACUGGCAAAAAGACUACGAGAAACAGAAAAGGUCUUUGACUCCCAAAAAAUGGAUCAACGAAUAUGCAGAUCUGUCUCUGUCGGAUCUAAAAACAAAAGGAACCUUGGGUGUUGGAGGUUUCGGAAGAGUUGAACUUGUCAUUCCUGAAAAAGAUCAGGAAAAGAGUUUUGCCUUAAAAAAACUAAAAAAGAAGAUCAUGGUCGAUCAACAACAACAAGAACAUGUAUUAAAUGAAAAACACAUCAUGCAGGCUUGCGAUUCUCCAUUCAUAUGCAAGUUGUAUCGUACAUAUAAGGACACAAAAUAUGUCUACUUUUUAAUGGAAGUAUGUUUGGGUGGUGAUGUUUGGACAACUUUACAACGCAGGCGAUUUUUUGAUGACUUAACUACUCAAUUUAUGGUUGGCUGUGUUAUAGAAGCUCUGGAUCAUCUUCAUUCAUUAAACAUUGUUUAUAGAGAUUUAAAGCCUGAAAAUUUAAUGUUAGAUAGUCGAGGAUAUCUUAAACUGGUUGAUUUCGGUUUUAGUAAAAAAGUUGGACCAGGUAAAACUUGGACUUUUGCUGGAACACCGGAAUAUGUAGCGCCAGAAAUUAUUUUAAACAAAGGACAUGACAGGGCAGUAGACUACUGGGCUCUAGGGAUUUUGGCACAUGAACUCUUAGUUGGAAAACCACCAUUUCGAGGGUCAGACCACAUGUCAACUUAUAACAAAAUUCUGAAAGGAGUUGAAAUGGUAGGGAUUCCUAGCAUUGUUAACAGAAAUGCAAACAAUUUAAUAAAAAAAUUAUUACGUCUCAAUCCAUCAGAACGACUGGGUUAUCAACGAAAUGGAAUUCAGGAUAUUCGAGAUCACAAAUGGUUCUCGAAUUUUAAUUGGUCAGCUUUACAAAGAUUAUCUCUGCCCGCACCUAUUGUACCAACAAUAAGGAAUUCCAUCGAUACGAGAAACUUUGAGAGGUAUCCACCAGAUCGCGAAUUACCACCUGAUGAAUUCUCUGGCUGGGAUAUAAAAUUUUGAAACAAAAAAAUGUUUGAGAAAUAGAACAUCUAAAGAAAAAUACUUAUCAUCAUGAAACAUAGAAUUCUAAAAUGGAUUCUGGAUUCUGGAUUUAAUUCCUGAAAACACUACGAAUUUAUUUCUAUUAAACCUCGUUUAUAUUAACACAUUUUACAUACGAUUACACAAGUCAACAUGAAAUUUGCGCCUGACAUUUAAGAUAUUUUUUGCAACACUAACCUGUAAAAUUGAAUUUUACACACAGAAAACUGUGUGUAAAGUACUUCAUUUUAUAGCGGUGUGUAAAGUGUUACUUUACACACCGCUAGCAGUGUGUAAAGUGAAUUCCAGUGUGUAAAGUGAUUUUCAGUGCGUAAAAUGAUUACUUUACGCAUUCUUGUGACUGUUUGAUGAGAAACAAUGAAAUAAUGCUUUUAAUUAACAAUUUACAAUCACAUUUUUUUAUUUUAGCUUCUAGAAAACUUCAUUUAACAGUUCCCCACUACACCUAAAGUUACAGUAAUAUUGGCAAUAUUGCUGCAAGUUUAGUUGUUUUAGUGUUGCAAAAAAUUUUGUAUGACACUCGUGCGUAAAUCAGAUUAUACUUGUGUGACUUGCAGCACUCGCCUUCGGCUCGAGCUGCAAACGUCACACUCGUAUAAUCAACGAUUUUACCAUAUUUUUAAAAAUUUAUGAUUUUAAGCCAUUCCUUCUGAAAAAAUUUCUUUUUGUAUGACUUUUAUUCGCAACAAUUAUAAUAAUAUCUUACAAAACAGUACAAAAAAGUUUAAAAGUAAACUCUGUUAUUCUUACGUUUGUGUUUUUGAUUACUACACUAAGAAAAAUGGAUAUUAGGCUUUAUUAUCUAGAUAUCUAGAUAUUAAUAGUCAAUAUCUGUGACAGUGAAAUAUGUAAACAUCUUAGAAACGUUCUCCUUGCUCUUCGUAAUAUGCUCACAGGUUGUGUUUAAAUUUAUCUAAACGAGCAUGUAGAAUAUGUACUUUCAAAGAGAUCCUGCAGCUCAUAGCUUUAAAGUGUUUUAACAUGUCUGCAACUACUACAAAAGCAAACUUUAAAAAGAAUAUGUAUAUUUUUCCUUUAUUUUAGUGAAUAAUAAAUAGAAUAGUAUAUUAAGCAACAAGGGUAUAAAGGCAGCCAUUUAUUUACGGUGAUUUUUGUGACACGAGUGGAGGUCGAUGGCGCCCUGAGACUGGAACGAGUAAAUAAAUUGGACUGCCAUUAUUUACGUGUUACUUGCGAUAUUUUUUAUUCCUAAUGCACAAAAGUGGCGAUUACAGUUAGCAGACUACAGGGAGUAAAAGUCAUUCACUUGUUCGACUUGUAUGAAAAUGGGUGGCCUUUUUCUCCCAUGGGCAAAAAUAACGCAUGGGAUCAGCUGUUAUUUUUUUACAUGGGAGAAAACGGCCACCAUUUUCAUACAAUCGAACAAAUGAAUGGCUUUACACCCUGUCGUCAGCUAUCUAAAAGCGCCAUUUUUGUGCAUGUGGGAUAAAAAAUCAUAUGAACCCAGGCGCAAAAUUUUUUCAUUUUUAUGUUGAGCUGUGUUAUCUUAUAUUUGCAUAUAUUUAAUUUAUUAUAUACUUUUAGUGCUAUAAAACGUUUCUAAAAUAUAUGGACAUAAAGGGUUACAAUGUUUUUUAGAAUUGUCAAAAAGAUAAUCUGUAGUUAAAAAUUUAAUACCCUAACCAAACAAAAUUUGUUAGAAAAUAAAAAAUUGGAAUUAUAUAGAGAUUCAUGAGUGUUAACGAGAAAUUAAUAAUUUUGUUGUAACAAAUAAUAUAUGCUCUAUAGCACAAUCCACAACUCAGAUGAUCUGUA